CUCCUAUAAACUUAUUUUCUUGUUGAAAAGUCUAGAAAUCAUUCUUUCACUCCUUCCUUAACUCCAAUUGUGUACUGUCUCAAGAAUUUCACCAAAAAAUCAUCAUGCCUUCCAACAAGAUCUGGCUGCGUGCUGAAACCAAGCCCGCCGAGGCUCGUUCUGCUUUAACUCCCACCACUUGCAAGGCUCUUAUAGAUGCCGGAUACGACGUAACUGUUGAGCGCUCUACACAGCGCAUCUUCGAUGACGAGGAGUUCACCAAGGUCGGAGCGCCUCUGGUGGAAGAAGGUUCCUGGGUGAAGGAUGCCCCCAAGGACGCCUACAUUCUUGGUCUCAAGGAACUCCCUGAAGAUGAUUUCCCCCUCGAGCACGUCCACAUCUCUUUCGCACACUGCUACAAGCAGCAGGGUGGCUGGGAGAAGGUUCUGAGCCGGUGGCCCCGAGGUGGUGGUGCUCUCCUCGAUCUCGAGUUCCUCCAAGAUGAGUCCGGACGCAGAGUAGCUGCUUUCGGUUGGUCGGCCGGUUAUGCUGGUUCUGCUUUGGCCAUCAAGAACUGGGCAUGGCAAUUGACCCACCCUGAAGGCGAGACUUUGCCCGGAGAGGUUCCCUAUGCCAAUCAGGACCUCCUGAUCAAGUCUGUCAAGGAGUCUUUGGAAGCCGGAAAGAAGCAGUCUGGCCGCUCCCCUAAGGUGCUUGUCAUCGGAGCUCUCGGUCGUUGCGGUAAUGGUGCCGUCCAGCUGGCUAAGGAUGUUGGCAUUCCUGAGUCCGACAUUAUUCAGUGGGAUAUGGCGGAGACCAAGAAGGGCGGUCCUUUCAAGGAAAUCAUUGAAGACGCAGACAUCUUUGUCAACUGCAUCUACCUAUCUUCUCCUAUCCCACCUUUCGUCACUCCUGAGACCCUUGCUACGCCCAACCGCCGCUUGUCAGUCAUCUGUGACGUGAGCGCUGACACUACGAAUCCUCACAACCCUAUCCCCGUGUACGACAUCACAACCACCUUCGACAAGCCUACGGUACCUGUCACCCUGCCGGCUGGUACUCAGGGCCCUCCCUUGAGUGCGAUCAGCAUCGACCACCUCCCAUCUCUCCUGCCCCGGGAGAGUUCCGAGCAGUUCAGUCAGGCUUUGCUUCCUAGCUUGCUCCAGCUCAAGGACCGGGAGAACGCCCGCGUCUGGAAGCAAGCUGAGGAUCUCUUCAAGGAGAAGGUCGCCACCUUGCCUGAAUCUUUCCGCGCCAAGAAAGGAUCAAUGCUUUUGCCGCCUUCUACCUGCAACGGGUCAACUCGCAUUGCAUCUAUUGUGCUGAGAUUGAGUGUACCAGUCCACCACCUGGUGAUGCAGGAGAAGUCGACUACAGUCGCCGCGUACGCGGCUGGAGCGUCUCUUGCGGCCGUCGCCCUCUUCUACGUUUUUGGGCCGAAUUACACAAUCGAUGGCGACGAAUCAAGUGACAGCGGUCGUAAGAAGAACAUUGUGGGGUUAUCGAACCCCGCUAAUGACUGCUUCAUCAACUCCGUGCUCCAGGCUCUCGCGGGCCUCGGGGAGCUGCGGGUUUACCUGAUCCGAGAGCUUCAUCGACGUGAGCUGGAUGGGCCAGAGAUCUACAGUCUUCUGCCACCGCUGGACGAGAUCCCACGUGAUGGGAAGCCGGAUCGGAUCCGAGAAUUGCAGCAGGGGACCAUCACGAGGGCACUCAAGGAGAUGCUGGAUCGCCUGAACGAGCGCCCGAUAUACAAGAAGACGAUAUCCGCGCGGCCAUUCAUUCAAUCACUCGAAUACGCCUACCGGACAAGAAUUAGUCGCAGUCAGCAAGACGCGCAGGAGUUCCUGCAGAUCGUGGCUGAGCGGCUGUGUGACGAAUAUCAUGCGGGAGUCAAGGCGCGAUUGAGGGCGAAAGGCGCGGUGGAGACUAAUCAGGUCGCUGACUCGGGACAUGAACCUCCAGCGAAGAGUCCGACGGAUAUCGAAGUGCGCAUCGAUGACGGGUCUCCGAAUGGACUUCCCGCUAUCAUCGAUACCAAGCUGAAGGAAAUCGACAAUGAAUACAGCUUUCCUUUCGAGGGAAAGCUCGAGUCUCAGAUCGAAUGUCAGUUUUGUCAUUAUAAGUACAAGCCGAAUCAGACAUCGUUUGUCAACCUGACGCUGCAGGUCCCGCAGAAGAGCUCCACCACACUCAGCGCCUGUUUCGAUGGGCUACUCAAGACAGAGUAUAUCGAUGACUUCAAGUGCGACAGGUGUCGGCUGCAGCAUGCCCUGGAUAUCAAAACGCAUGAUUUGACUAGGGCCCGUUCGAGCGAGGAGAGAAAACAUCUCGAGGAGGAAAUCGAGCGUAUACAGAACGCAAUCUCGACAGACCCUGAAGGCGGAUUAGAAGGUGUCGGCUUGCCUCCUUCGGAGCUCGCACCAAAGCGGAAGAUCGCACGACAUAUGCGAAUCGUUGCGUUCCCCAAGAUCAUCACUAUUCACCUUUCCCGAUCAAUCUUCGAUCAAAGCAGUUCAUCCAAGAAUGCAGCCAAGGUGUCUUUCCCUGAACGCCUGCCUCUUGGCGGUAUCCUGAGCCAGAAAUGGUUUCGACUACUAGCGAUUGUCUGCCAUAAAGGUAGUCAUAACAGUGGACACUACGAGUCUUUCCGUCGCAACCAUCUAUACGCGCCCUUCUCCACUCCUGAUGCAUUCAGCUCAUAUGCUCAGAGUCGAGCCACCAGUGAGAACCCUUCCGUGGCACCCAGUCCAAGGCUGGGAGCUCGUCAAUCUUCAGAACCUGAGCCCACGGCGCUCAGUAUCUCGACAUCUAAUGAGUCUAAAGCAUCAUCUCAAUUACAAACUCCCUUGUCACCGAGUCCUCGUCCCACCACAUCAAGCUCUAGGCUUUCUUUUCAGAGUAAUCGUUCUCGAUCGUCAACAUCCAAGCAAACCCUUUCGCCAGUUUCCGAUCCGCUCAGCCCAUCGAAUGAGAGCGGGCGCUGGAGCAAGACUUUCUCGAGGACAUCCUUCACUAGUGACAAAGGCACGCAGCCCACGGAGACUUCAGCAGCAUCCAGCUUCCGGCAUCGCCGCCGCCGCAAGCAAAACGAUCGAUGGUGGCGCAUCUCCGACGAGAAAGUCAAGGAAUGCAAGACGUCUGAUGUCUUGGGCAUGCAGAAAGAGGUCUAUCUCCUGUUCUAUGAGUUGGAAAGGCCAAACAUUAGUGCCUAG